UCCGACACCACCAGCCGCUGUAGAGGAGGUGGAAGUCUCCCUCUCCCUCUCUCUCUCUCUCUCUCUCUCUCUGACCUUUGGGUACAGGAUACUGUGUCGAGACUGGAGACAUUGACGUGCUCCCACUCUCCUCCCACUUUCUCAUGCGCACGUUAUUACCCCACACGAACCCAUGGAUCACCUCUCUCACCCUCUCCACCCUCGAACCCGACGGCCAAUCCUUCCUCGUCGACUAAGUGAUGUCGCAGAGCAACCGGUGAGCCGAUAUAGCGCAAAGAAGAAGCUAGAGGAAGAGGGAGGGAUAACCGUGCUGCACGUCUCUCUUCUUUCUCUAAUGGGGCAAGAUAACGACAGCUAAUCGAGCAGCUGCAGCAGCAUAAGGAGUCUCUUUCUGGUGAGACCACCACCUGUAUCUGAAGCCUGUCGAGCCGCCCUUCUUGAACCUGUGGAUCAUCUGGCUCCUCUUUGGGAACCUUCAUUACCGCAACUGGUUUAGUUCUUUAUGUUGUAGGUGGCGAUCUUGCAGUUGUUUGUGAGGAGUUUCUGCGUUCUUAUUCUUGGUCGCCGUCAUGUCACCAGAUCCGAUUGAAGCAACCAAACGAGGAAGGAUGGAAGCAAAGAGAACAAAGCGCUGAUUGAUCUGCAUGAUUAUUAUAAGGAGAGAUCUGUAAAGGACUGCAAUUGGCGGCAGAGCUGGCGAACCGUUGGUGGACCGGAGCUGUGGAGAUGGGCAGGGUCGACCCUGGGGUCACGUCCGCGACCUCGGUCCCUCCCGUCCAUCUCCGCAACCUCAACCGCGCCGACGACGUCCCCAGUCACCACUUCAACAGAAGAGACCGAGAGGCCGGCGCCGCUGCCACGACUACCACCGUCAGCAGCGGCAGCAACAACCACCCCAACGACGACGAAGGCAAUGCCGACGACUCCGCCGGUGGCCUCGAGAUGGUCGAGGCCGGAUCUGCCGGCGCGCCGACGGGUACCGCCUGUCGCCGCCCCCGUGGCCGUCCGCCUGGGUCCAAGAACAAACCGAAGCCACCCGUGAUCAUCACGCGGGAGAACCCCAACGCGCUCCGCUCGCACGUCCUCGAGAUCUCGAGCGGGGCCGACGUCAUGGACGCCAUGGCCACCUUCGCCCGCCGGAGGCAGCGUGGCGUGUUCAUCCUGAGCGGCAGCGGGGUCGUCACCGACGUCACGCUCCGCCAGCCCGAGGCGCCGCCGGGGGUCAUCACCCUCCCCGGCCGCUUCGACAUCCUCUCUCUUUCCGGGGCGUUCCUUCCGGCGCCGUCGCCACCAGGGGCCACGGGCCUAACAGUCUACCUAUCCGGCGGCCAAGGGCAGGUGGUGGGCGGCAAUGUCAUCGGCGAAUUAGUCGCGUCAGGGCCGGUGAUGGUGAUCGCAGCCACCUUCUCGAACGCAAUAUAUGAGAGGUUACCGCUCGACGACGAAGAGCCAGCGGCGGCAGGCGCUAUGCCUGGCACAGAGGGAAUUCAGCUUCAGCAGAGCCCGGGAGUAAGUGAAGGCGGCGGUCGGCCGUCCUCGCGGCAGCCACAUGCAGGGUUGGAUCCGUCGUCGAUGCCGCUGUACAAUCUGCCGCUGGAUCUUCCACCAAAUGGCCAGACGCCCCACGAGGUUUUCGGCGCCUGGGCCUCUGCUGCAGCUCCUCGGCCGCCAUCAUCCUACUAAGUCUCCUCCCUUCUACUUGUGCUCCUGCCGUUUCGUGCGACGGUGAUGUGCUCGUUCAUCAUCUUCAUGUUCUCCUUCCUCUGUAAACAUAUUUACUACUUGCAGGUCGAUCGAUUUCUUUUCUUUGUCAGUACAAAUCACUGCCAAACACAGACUAAAAUGUGGAAAUCAUAGGUCCAGCAGAUUGCUUCGGUCUCAGGUUUCGGGAGAAGUCAGUGGGUAUGGAAAUCAUAGUCAUUCAUGAUGACUAUGGGCCAUGGCGAAACCAAACCAGUACCAUUUAGUCCCUCCCAUCUCUUUCUGCCCAUCUGUCAUGGAAGAUGCUGUUUGUCUUCCAUGAGCUGACUCCUUGAAUUCAAGGAAAGUUUCAGAUGGCCUGUUAAUUGCAUGAUAUCCAUCCAACUCGUUGCAGUCAUUCAUGAUGGUCGCUGCUGGACACAGGGUCCCAACCUGAGGCCCGCAGGGCCGGCCUCUCUCUGUAGGAGGCCCACAAAUCCGGCCCGUGGAGCACUAGUUAGUAUCUUGAUCUCCUUGUGGCAAUCAGAGACGGUCUUUUUGCUCCACAACUCGACAACC